CCGUGGGGGCUCUGGGCAUGCGCAGAUCGGGGAGGAGGAGAGUCCCGCACGUGCAGAGGUCGCGUCACCUGCUGCUGGUGCCUCGGGCCGGGACCGGGCGGAGCAGGAGAGUUUGUGCCGGUGGUAGAAUGACAUCCUUUUUUUGCUCCAGCUCAUCCCAUCCUCCCAUGGGAGAGGGAAGAGAAAUGAGUGCAGGGAAGCCUGUUAAGGGGCCGGUGACCUUCGAGGAGGUGGCUGUGUAUUUCACCAGGGAAGAGUGGGCUCUGCAGUACCCCACUCAGAGAGCCCUCUACAGGGAUGCCAUGCAGGAGAACUAUGAGAAUGUGACCUCAUUGGAUAAGAAUUCCCGUCCCCUUGGUUCUUGGAAUAGGAAAUGAAGAGAUAAGGUUCAUGCCAACCCCACAAUGCCACCUCUACUCUGCCCUGUUUCAGCAUCACCCCAAUAUGCCAGUGACACACACACACUGCCACAGGCCCUCCCCUGCUGCAGAACAUUUUGGGAACAGAGCACAGGAGCCAUAUCGCACAGUGUCAAAUAGCUCCUGUUUGCUCAAGUGAACUUCUUUGAGAUGGGACGACCAUAUCUGCAUGGAGUAUUCGAGAUGUGGGCGUACCAUGGAUUUAUAUAGAGGCAAGAGGAGAUUUUCUGUCUUAUUGUCUAUCCCUUUCUUAAUGAUUCCCAACAUUCUGUUCACUUUUUUUCACUGCUGCUGCAGAUUGAGUGGAUGUUUGCAGAGAACUAUCCACAGUGACUCCAAGGUCUCUCUCUUGAGUGGAAACGGCUAAUUUAGAUCCCAUCAUUCUGUAUAUAUAGUUGGGAUUAUGUUUUCCAAUGGGCUGCAGUAUGUGUUAUCCUGACAUCUAGUACUGCUGAGAUCCUGAAUUCAGUGAUAUCCCUGCCCUUCCUGUUCCCUUUCUCCACCGAACCCCACCAGC